CAACUCCUCUGUUACUAUUUGGCAGUGGCACCAGCCAAUCCCUCUCCUCCACAAACCUGAAAGCAUCUAGUGCUAACUAGUAGUACUAGGACGUACUACUAGUUUCCAAUCUCUCUCUCUCUCUCUUCUCCGGUUCAAUGCAGACUGGACCAACCAGGGACAGAGGCCUCGUCUCAUGGACUAUGUCGUAAUAAAACCCUCCUUUAAAGCCCUCAACUUCCUCUCCUCGUACCCAAAAUCCACCAGCAAUUCCUUCUCCACCUUCCACUUCUCUUCUUUCACUAAGCUAAAACGCCCUUCUACUUCAAUCUCUGUUUCUUCUACACCUACUAACAAUCCCAACCCCCUAAACCCGGGUCCAGAAACCUACAACUACACCAAACCCAUCUCUCACUUGUCCAAUUUGACCAAGAAAUGGGUCUCGAUUUUGCAAGGUUCAGAUUCGGGGUACUUGCAAAACGGAGGGUUUGGGACGGCGCUAUUGAGCUUGACGGCGACUGCGAGGGUCCGGUUGAGUCCGUUCAUGGCGACGCUGGCCGCGAACCCGACGUUCGUUUCGGGGUUGUUUGCUUGGAUGGUGGCGCAGUCGGUGAAGGUGGUUCUGAAUUUCUUUGUGGAGAAGAAGUGGGAUUUGAGGAUCAUGUUUGCUUCGGGAGGAAUGCCGUCGUCUCACUCGGCGCUGUGCACUGCGCUGACGACGUCGGUGGCGAUUUGUCACGGAGUGGCGGACUCGUUGUUUCCGGUUUGUUUGGGGUUUAGUUUGAUUGUCAUGUAUGAUGCGAUCGGUGUAAGGCGGCAUGCUGGGAUGCAAGCAGAGGUUCUCAAUAUGAUUGUUGCGGACUUGUUCCAAGGGCAUCCAAUCAGUCAAAGAAAGCUCAAGGAACUUCUUGGCCACACUCCGUCCCAGGUCGUUGCUGGAGCUCUAGUAGGCAUUGUUGUUGCUUGUGUCUGCUGUCAGGGUUGCUUCGUUGCAACUUAAUCUCGUGCUGCAAAUAAUUCGAACUGUGUCUGCUGUCAGGGUUGCUUCGUUGCAACUUGAUCUUGUGCUGCAAAUAGUUCCAACUUUGUGAACGAUGCACAACUCUCAUAUUUAAACUGCCUAGGUUCGCCACAGUGUAUUUUAUCUUUGGACUUCAAAAAAUGCAGAGCGGCGAAUGGAAGGAUAAUUUUCCACUUUUAUUCUUUUUUUUUGAGGAACCACUUUUAUUCUUGAACUAGUGGGUUUAGUGCAAAGAUUUAAGCAGAAUUUGCCGAUUUGCGUUAUUGUGAUUGCUUUGUGGCCUUGUGGGUCAGCAUUAGUUCUAUUAGAUAUUGAAUCAAUAUGGUCUGAAUUGUGAUUA